GUGACCGUAACAGCCAAUCAGAUCGCGCCUUCUAACAUGUAGAAAAACUGAAGUUGUUGUCCUAUUUCCUCGACGGGAAAUGUCUGAGGACGCCAUGGAGAGUUCUUCGGUGUACAUGUGCUUCCCCUGCUACCAGGAGUUUAACACACUGGAGGAGGUACUUGAGCACCAGUUGACGUGCACUGCUGAGGAUGAACAGCCAGACACAUCAGGAGCCACCCCCAUCACCGUUCCAGUGCUACAGACUGAGCAUCAGUUGAUAGAUAUAUCAAGGACAGUUGCAGUCCCACAGAUUCAAGUCCACGAAGCUCAGUCCUCUGAGCAGUCUGUUAGUAAUGUACUCCAGCAGGCUGCAGAUAGUGCAAAAGUGACAUCAGACAAGCCCAGAAUCCUCUAUCAAUGUGGGGACUGUGAUGAACUCUUCAAGUCCUUGGACCUGUGGCAGCAACACCGUAAAGAAGAGACGUGUCUGCAGUCUGGGAAGUCAAAACCUGAUUCACAACCUGAGCCAGAGCCUAUUGCAUCUCAGAGCACAGAUUCAACUUUAAAUCCAGAAGAUUCUUCUCUCCUGCAGAGUGAAACAAGUCCAGAUCUUAAACCAGAACCAGUGGAUCCGGCAAUUGAAGAGGAAGAGUGUCAGCAAGUUCCAGAAACUGCGGCUCACUCAGAUCAGUGCUCUGAUCCUCCUGUUUCUGAGGUGGCCGCUUCAACCUCUAAUCCAGAGGAGUCGUCUCCCAAGAGGAGGGGGGCAAACAAAAAGCCAAAGCCUGAACCUGUGCUCCUGUGUGUAGACUGUGGCUCCUGCUUUGGCCUGGUGUCUGAACUAGUGGCCCACCGUAAAACCCAACACGGCUUUGAGGAAGCUCUGCACCGCUGCUCUGUGUGUGGAGAGAGUUUCCUUAACACCACCCUUUUUCUCUAUCACCGCAAGCAACACAGGCAGAAAGGUGAGGAAAAGGUGGUAGCGGUUCCUGAAGAGGUAACAGAGGAAGUUUGUCCCCAGAGCAAUGGGACCAAUGAGCAGGAACAGGACGCCACUCCCAGCAGUGUUACUGUCACCUCCAGUUUCCCAAAGCCUGAGUUGUUCAUGUGCACCCAGUGUGGGGAUAGCUUUAGCGAUGACGGAGGGCUGGUCUCCCAUCGGAAGCAGAAGCACAACCUGACUGGGCCACUACACACUUGUCUCCAGUGUGGAGAGAGCUUCAUGAACACCACCCACUAUCUGUACCAUCGCCGGCUGCAUGGCCUCACAACGGGGGCAGAGGUGGGGGAUGCUGAAAUUGGUGAUGACACAGCCAUUGCUAGUUCCCAGGAUACCCAAAAGCGGCUGCUUUCCCCUUCUGCCUCUGCUAGUGAAUCAGGUUCACCCCUCCCGAAGAGAAGCAGGCCAACUUUCAGGAUCCUGAGUGGUGUGACUGCAGUCAAAGGAAACAAAAGUUCAGGGACCAAAGAAGAAUUAGAAGGCAACACUGCAGCAGACUCAGACAACACCAAUCAUCCUCCACCUGCCAAACUGCUGCAGGACUGGGCUCGCACACCACUACCCCACGUUUGCCCCUACUGUGGCAAAACCUUCACCCGGCGUGUCUUCCUUCGCACUCAUGUCUUCAGCCACACGGGAGAGAAACUCUUUACAUGCAAGGUGUGCACAAAGUCCUUCACUAACUCCCAGAGCCUGCUGCGCCACAGCAUGAGCCACACCGGAAACAGGCCCUACAGCUGUGAUGUAUGUGGCAAAAACUUCUCCCAGGCAGCCACCUUGAAGAGACACCAACGCAUUCACACGUCAACACAGCCCAGGCGCAAGCGUGGACGCAAACCGCAGGUGUGUACUUUGGACAAUGAGGGAGCUGCUCAUCUCUUCGCUUGUCCUCACUGCCCAUCAAGAUUUAACACGGAGGAUCAGCUGACCCAUCACAAACUCCUGCACACCAGCCAUCCAUUCCCUUGCCCUGAAUGUGGAGAGGCCUUUAAACGCAGGAAAGACCUGGACCUGCACUCACUUACUCAUCAAGACAAGCAGCCAGCGACGUGUCUUCACUGUUCAUCCCAGUUUGUGAACCAGUCUGUGCUGGAGAUCCACAUGCAGCGUUGCCCCACCACAGAGGAGGACAAGAAUACUGGUCGUGGACGGGGUCAGGGACGAGGACGAUGUACUGGACAGAUUGAGUGUGACCUAUGUGGCCACCGCUGCAUGACCCAGGAGGGCCUCGACCUCCAUCGUUUAUCCCACACAGGUCAGACCCCUCUCAAAUGUCCUGUGAGUCCUUGCCGCCGUCGGUUUACCUCCAACAGUACCCUGGAGGAGCAUGUGCUGGCCCACUUCCAUGGAAAACUCGGCAAGUCCAAAAACCGACCCCGCUUCCGCUGUCAAAUUUGCCACAAGGAGUUUGCCUACAAUUCCACCUUCAGUGUUCACAUGAGGACACAUACUGAUGAGAGACCCUUUGAGUGUGCCACCUGUGGGAAGCGCUUUCGCCAGCUGCCUCACCUGCAAGACCACGAGCGCAUCCACAGCGGCUUGCGUCCUUUCUGCUGCUGGAUUUGCGGCAAGAGUUUCAGCGUGGCUGCGCGGCUCACCGAGCAUGCCCGCACCCACAGUGGAGAGAAACCCUACCCCUGUUCCCACUGCCCUGCUGCUUUCCGCUCUCGUUCCAACCUGGACAAACACAUCCGGCUACACGGAGACCUGCCUCUCGAGGAGGCGGCACAGGCGGCACAAGCAGCUGAGGCUGCGCAGGUCCAGAAGGUGCUGGAGGGGGCCAAAGUGCUGUCUUCUCUGGCCACCACGGGAGAAAUGGAUCCUGGCACAGUGCAGACCAUCUAUGUACUGCAGAGCGGCGAAGGAGGCACUGAGACGGUCAUGAUCCCCUCCGAUCAACUCAGUGGCAUCGAGGGCGCCUCGCAGGUAGUCUUCCUGCCCUCCUCUGUCCUGGGAGCUCAGGGAAUAACUGUUCCCACCAUCACCAUGGAUGGAAAUGAAAUCACCAUGGUGGAGACGAGCCAGUCACCUCAGCAUGCCAUUGAGUUCAUAGUGGAGGAGACUGUAUGAAGGCAAAUUUAAAACUACCAAGGAAAGAACAACACAGUACUCACGGAAUGAAAGAUAGCUGAGAAAAUAUAAACUGUUGAUUGAGUGAAGUUUGAUAAUUGAAGGAUAUGCUUUAAUUACCAUUAAAUGUAUAUAGUUUGAUAGAUAAGUCCCAGGUGUGUGUAGAAUUAAAUUGACUUGAGCAGAAAAAAACCUAAUGAAAAGCAUUGUUGAUAUAGUGAAAAAAUAUUGAAUUAAAGGUUGAUACACAAAUGAAACACUCUAGAGUGCAGAAUGUUCCUUAAAUUGGUCUUUCAAUUGGUUUGAAAAAAAAGGCUCAAUUGAAUACAGACCAGCAUUUACAACCUCAAUUUAUUAGAGGAGCAGCAGUGGUGGCCCAUGAAAUGUCUUCUUAUUUCUUUAUAAUAAAAUGCUUCAGCUUUCA